UCAACACCACACCGUCAUCGGUGUCCUCUUAUCAUUUUUUCACAUUAUAGUUUUUAAUUUUGGUGUCAUUUGUGUAAAGUUUGUAGUAAAGGUUUAUCAAAAUAUAUAAUCAAUUAACUGAAGGAUUGUCAAUAGAUAAAAAUGGAUCUCAGCUGCUUCUCGCAGGAUUCAUUCGAUGUUGUUCAAUGGACAAAUGAUUUCUUCAAAUCUAGCGAAAGCAAGGAUAACAAAGAAGUCAUGGUAUCAUCUGUAGUAUCAAGACUUCAACUAUAUGUAGAGCAAAUGAAUUGCUCUUUAGAAAAAUCCAGUCAUCAGCUGAUAGUCUCCAUGCCUAAUGUUAUAAAAGACGUGAAAGUGAUCCAAACUGAAGUUGCAACAUUGACUGAAAAAAUGCGCCAACUUCAAAACGAUAUCAGCCACGUUAACAAAGACACUGGAGUGUAUAUGCAUCAGUUGGAACGUCUGGAAGGAGUAUAUCAGAAGAUAAGCAUGGCAAAACACGGUAUGAAGGAAUCUGAUGGCUGGGGAAAACUCACAGCAGAACUGGAUGAUUUGCUCGAGCGAAACGAUAUUUUCGGAUCAAAGAAUAAGUUCAUUGAUCUAAAAAAGUCAAUAUCUGCCCAAACUGGCCUGCCUGGUCAAACAGAACGCACGCAACAAUUUGAAUAUUUUACAAAUCGAUUGGAAGCGCUCGCAAGUCCAGCUGCCAUACAAUAUAUUCAACAAGGGGAUGCUAUACAAUGUUUGAAGUAUGUUGACAUUUUUGCUAUAAUAGACCGUUUGCCACAGUUAAAACAGUGCUAUCGAACAGUUCACAAGAAUGCACUUAUCGAAAAAUGGUCGAAAAUUUCAGAAGCUGAAGACAACUACGACACGAAUAAUGUUUUAUCAGAGUUCAAUAAUGUUGUUAUGGAAUAUCUCCAAAAUCAACAGAAGUGGUGCAAACAAGUUUUUCAAAGUCAUCUGGAACCAUUGGAUACAGUAAUGGAUACUUUAACAAACUUACAAAGUGCUAAACAAUCUUACGUCAUGGGUCAAUUGAAGAAAUCUCUCAGCAAAUUUGAUUAUCUAGCAUCCGUAGCUGCCAGUGAUUAUCAAUUUGCAAAUGCCCUGGAGAAAAUAUUGAUUGAAUUACCAACUGAUAAACUAGAUGAGAUGGUUGAGGCAAUUUUUCUAUAUUUUGAUGUCUUUAUCGAUCAGUAUGCUCCACUUGAGAGAAGUUUUUCCAAUAGAAUGCUGGAAGAAAUAAAACUGAAUAGCGUUAGUGUCACUGAAAACGUUGGUACAUUGGAUGCUUUUAACGAUAAAGUUUCAAAAUGGUUCAUCGAUGCCGUUAAUCGUUGCACAAGCAUUACUCAAAACAAGUCUAUACCACAGUUGAUUAAAGUUUUCCGUAGCUUCAUUGCGUUUUAUGUUGAAAAAUACUCAACAGUGCAGAGGCAACUAAGUUUGAAUCAAACAGAUGAGACCAAUUGGAAUCUAAUGCAAUUAAAUCUUAAUUUACUGCAACACCUUGGCGAUUUUAUGCAAACUAUUGAGCAGUGUGAAAAGAAAAUUUACGCUUCUAUGGAAUACAAAGAGCUGGAUUCUAUCAACAGCAUUAUAUGUAAUCAACGUUUUCUGUGUAAUAAUGCGAAAAUACGGGAUACUACAUUAAAUACACCAUCUAACGAUGAAACAAAUGGAUUUUUCGCGAACGAACGGCACACAAUACAGAAAGUAGCCGUUGACAUACAUGACUGUGUUUUGAAGCACAUAUUCACAUACAUUGAGGCGCAAUUCAAACAGGUAGAAUUCACGAUGAAACAACAAAGUGAAGAUUAUAAUCUUCCGGACUACAGCUAUGCACCUCAGGAAUACAUAACGCAAAUCGGUCAAUAUUUGCUGACUUUACCACAACAUUUGGAGCCACUAUUGCUCUCUCCGUCGCCGGCACUGAAGUACAUAAUGGAUUUUUGCGAAGAAAAGUAUAAAGGUGAAAAGGCGUGUGCAGAUGUACUGCUGUUUCUCAUCGUAGAAGAAACAACAGCCAUGUACCAGGAAAAAAUCGACGAAAUACCAAGUUUAUCUGCAUCUGGGGCUAAACAGCUGGCGACAGAUAUCGAGUAUUUUGGAAACGUUCUCGAGGAGAUAAGCCUGACAUUGUGUACCAACUUACAACAAAUAGUAUCUUUAUUGAGAGCCCCUCUACAACAAUAUAAUGCAAUUAGUGCUGGCUGUAAUCCUAGGGUGGUGACAUCAAUUAGACAAAAAAGAAAUAUUCUCUCAUGUUAAAAAAAUGAGAACGUAAAGGCAGUUUAAUUAUACUAAUGUUUCUUUGUCCGACAACCCUAGUCAAAUGUUAAUAACAAUAUGAAGAUAGGCACUCACAUUAUGCUUUAUCAUUAAAUGUUUCAUCAUCAGAUAUAAUUUGUGAACACACUUCGUACACAAUUUGGUUUUGUUAUUCUCAGAAUAAAUACACAAACUGUAAGCAAA